AUGGAAGAAAGCAAGAAAAACUGUGAUUUUUGUGGAAAAAAUUAUCUUAAUUCAACAGCUGAAGAUUCAUUUGGGCGUCUUGAACGUACUCUUUCAUAUACUGCAGCAAACACUUUUAAAUAUGACCGUUGGCAUACAUUAAUUGUAUCACGUAAUCAUGAUACAUUACAUUUAACAGAAGAUGAAAUUGGUGAUAUGUUUGAAUUAGCAAAAGAAUGGUUUCACAAAGCUAAUUCAAUUGAACCAACAUAUACAUGUCCAGAGAUGAUUUGGGAUGCAAUGCCUAAAAGUGGCGCAUCACAAAUGCAUACACAUCUUCAAGUUAGUUUAGGUUUUGAUAUUUAUUAUGGAAAUAUUGAACGAAUACGACAAGGUGCUCGUUUUUAUGCGCAAAUAAAUAAUGGAAGAAAUUAUUUUAAUGAUUAUCUAUAUAUUCAUCAAGCAUUAGGAUUAACAAUACCAAUUGGAAAUGUGUAUAUAAUUGCUCAUCUGACGCCAAUUAAAGAUCUUGAAGUAAUGAUUAUUGGUGAAAAACUGGAAAAAGAUUUUUAUAAAGCAUUACAUUUAAUUUUUCGAACCUUUGUUGAUGAUCUCAAUGAAUACAGUUUUAGUUUUGGAAUGCAUUUACCACCAAUGAAUGAAUCAACUUCGAAUGGUCAUGAAUUACCCGUUAGCUGUCGUCUUGUUUUUCGUAAUCCGGUAACCAAUUUACGAGCAGAUAUGAAUGGACUUGAUUUGUAUACGAGUUCUGUGAUUGGUAAAGAUCGUUACGUGCUGUAUCAACAAUUAAAAGAAGGUGUAACAAAACGUCACAAAUAG